GUACUUUCGACUGGAGUUGACUUGGCUUCUUCGUCUCGCUUCUCCUGGUCUCUGGGCUUUAAGGCACGUUGAAAUCAAUAUGACGGCAAUACAAAUCAGGGUUGGGGCCGUUCCAUGUGGGAAGUCCACUCCUCUUUUUUUAGACUUAUUUUGCCGCAGUCUUAUUAUACUGUGUACAUUUCUGUCUGUCAUCCUCUCGUCAAUUGCAGUGUGUGAUGGUCACUGGCUGCUCACCGGCCGCCAUAUGUUCGGCCUGUGGUAUUUCUGCUCACUGGAGGAGCAGCAGGGCUCUGUGUUGGGGUCCCAGAGUUUUAAAGCAUCCUCUAACUGCACUAGACAUCUGGAGGAGGCAGGGGUGGAUGGUCUGGGUGUGGGCUUGCCGGCGUGUCGUUCUGUGAUUGCUCUGGCUGUGGUCAGUGCCAUAUUUGGACUGGAGUUGCUUGUGAUGUCACAGGCCAGCGAAGGGAGGGACUCCAGUCAACGCUGGACCUUCGGGGCACGGCUGGUGCUGCUGGCGGGGGUAAUGGCUGCCGGAGGAAUUGCAACUUUUGUCCUCCUGUUAGGAGCAUUUGCAACGCUCCUUGGGUUUACUCUCACCUUCUGGUGUCAGUUCACUGCCACCUUCCUGUUCUUCCUCAAUGGAAUGGCAGCGCGGCACAUCCAGCAUAUUGAACCGCUGCUGCCCUUUAGUGGACAUUCUGACAAACUGUAGAAAUAAGGCCGGCACUAACAAUAAACUCUAAAACUUGGAAAAGCUCAAUUAGAAGCUGCUGUUGGUUCAUCUUGAGCAGUUCUGUAUCUGCAUUCUUUUGAAUUUGAAGAUUUAUAAAUAAUGAUUUAUAAAUAGUGAACUUUCUAAAAAGGUCCCAAAAAGGC